UUUGGUUGAGCUCUGGGGUCCCAGACAUGGAGGGGACGGGCCCCCUGAGGGUGGGGCUGACAGUGUUGGUCCUCCUGUGUGGAGGGGUCUCCGCAGGCUCUCACUUUCUCCGAAUUUUCCUGACAUCCACAACUGAGAUUCCCGGUUUCCCGCAGUUUGUGGGCGUCGGUUACGUGGACGGUGUCCAGUUCAUCAUGUACGACAGUGAUCGGAAGUUGGUUCCCCGGGAGCAGUGGAUGGUGGAGAGUGAGGGGGCUGUGGGCUGGAAGAGGAAGUUGUUUCUUGCCCAGGGUCAGGAGAUAAACCUGAAAGAUAAUAUUCCGUUGUUUAUGUCUCGGACCAACCAGUCGGGCGGAAUCCAUGUCCUCCAGCAGAUGAUCGGCUGUGACCUGAGGGAAGAUGGGACCACGAGCGGCUUUGCCCAGUAUGGCUGGGACGGAGAGGAUGUGAUCAGCUUCGACAUGGAGCACAUGGUGUGGGUGACCCCGGUAACGUGGGCACUGAGCAUGAAAUACCAGUGGGAUCAGGACAUGGUCAGCAUUCAGGGAUGGAAGGACUUCCUGGAGAGGGAGUGUAUCGAGUGGCUGAGGAGAUUCGUGGAGUACGGAGAGAGGGAACUGCAAGUGGUCCCCCCCCAGGUGACCUUCACCACUUCGGCCCAAACCCCCCUCAUCUACUGCUGGGCCACCGGCUUCCACCCCCCGUUCAUCGAGGUGACCCUGUUGAGGGACGGGACCAUCCUCCAUGAGGCCCACUCCAGCGGGCUCCUGCCCAAUCACGACGGGACCCACCAGAUCCGGAAGUGGGUGCAGGUCGAUCCCGAGGACCCAGGACAGUUCUCCUGUCGGGUGGAGCACAGCGGACUGGGGGAUCCCUUUCCGAUUCUCCCCCAAGUGCGGGGGACAGACUCCUGGCCCCCACUCAUCCUCGGGCUCCUGGUCGCUCUCAUCGCUCUCACCAUCGCUCUCGGCGCCGUCUGCAGGUGGCGAGUGGGAGUGAAGAGGAACUACAAUCCCACACCGAGUAAGCUCAAUGUCGACCCUCCUCCCAUCCCCACGUGACUGUGUGACUCUAAACUCCUCGUGGGUCCAACGUACUCAACGACUUGUUGUUCUGACCCCGGGGGUCGACCCAGAACGUUUCCACACGGUGUCUGAGCCCCGGAGUGUUCCCAGCACUUUUGUUCUUCCUCCUCCCUCCUCCCACUGGGCACCUCCUGAGGAUCUGUCCCUCUCUCUUUCUCUGCCUCUCUCAUUCUAAUUCUUUCCCUUCCC